AUGUCUCGUCCAGAGAAGAAGAUGUACUGCUGUGCCGAAUGUGGGAAGGAAUAUGCCAGCCGCAGUGGCCUGAAGGGUCACAUGAAACAUCAUGGAGUGUAUUCAAAGACCCGCCCAUCAGCACGCAGCAGCCGCUCAAGCUCUGAUCAAGUCAAAACUCCAGGGAGCUCCUUGAAUGUUCCUGCCACUCGGAGUUCUGCAAGUUUUUGGAACCAGUACAAAACGCUCCUCAACACCGGUGCUGAGACUCACGAUUCUCCCUCGGGCAGCCAGGAAGAGGUUCUCUCUGAGUUGUUCAUGGGAGAGAAAAUCAUGAACCCACGGCUGAAGUGUCUGGUUCGACUCCUUCUGCUGGCCCUUUCUUGGGAGAUCCGCGCUCAAGCCGCCACGGAGCGACAUGUAAACCCGGAGACAUGGCUGCAGCAGUAUGGGUACUUACCCCCAGGAGAUUUGCGGACACAUUCUCUGCGAUCUCCCAACUCUAUCACAUCAGCAAUUGCCAGUAUGCAGAGAUUCUACGGCCUCACUGUCACUGGAACCUUUGAUACAAACACGGUGGAGGCAAUGAAGCGACCACGCUGUGGUGUUCCUGAUAAGUUUGGUUCAGAGCUCAAAAGUAAUCUGAGAAGGAAGAGAUAUGCUGUGCAAGGCUUGAAGUGGAACAAAAAUGACUUAACUUUUUCUAUCCAGAACUAUACUCCAAAGGUGGGCGAGCAUGAAACUCAUGAAGCAAUCCGAAGAGCUUUCAAAGUCUGGGAGAGUGUGACCCCUCUCCGGUUCAGGGAAAUCCCCUACAGUUACAUCCGGGACAAAGUGGAGGAUUUUGCCGACAUUAUGAUCUUCUUUGCUGAAGGAUUUCAUGGUGACAGCAGUCCUUUUGAUGGAGAAGGGGGUUUCCUGGCUCAUGCCUAUUUUCCUGGAAAUGGCAUUGGUGGAGACACUCACUUUGAUUUAGCUGAGCCAUGGACUAUUGGAAACCGAGACUUAUUGGGUAAUGACAUAUUCCUGGUUGCUGUACAUGAACUGGGCCAUGCUAUGGGUUUGGAGCACUCCAAUGACCCUUCCGCAAUAAUGGCACCAUUCUAUCAGUGGAUGGACACUGACAACUUCCAACUUCCUGAUGAUGACCGCAAAGGAAUCCAGCAACUUUACGGCUCUGGCUCUCCUCAUGAUACACCUCACACACCAAAUGAUCCAACACAAGCUCCUUACUCCCCUGGAAAACCUCGCUUUGGCCCAAACAUCUGUGAAGGCCACUUUGACACAAUUGCCAUUCUGAGAGGAGAAAUGUUUGUAUUCAAGGAUAAAUGGUUCUGGAGAGUACGAAACAACCAUGUUAUGGAUGGAUAUCCGAUGCCUAUUGGCCACUUCUGGAGAGGAUUGCCUACUCAUAUCAAUGCGGCUUUUGAAAGAGAAGAUGGAAAAUUUGCUUUUUUCAAAGGUGAAAAAUAUUGGGUGUUUAGUGAGUCAACCUUAGACUUGGGUUUCCCAAGAACUCUGCGUGAAAUGGGUUCUGGACUUCCUAAAGAUCGAAUAGAUGCAGCACUCUUCUACACUCCGACAGGACAAACAUUUUAUUUUAGAGGCAGCAAGUAUUACCGCUUUAAUGAACAAUCACGAUCUGUUGACGAUGGCUAUCCAAAAGCUGUCAGUAUGUGGCAGGGAGUUCCUGACAACGUUAAAGCUGCCUUCAUGAGCAAAGACCAAGCAUACACCUACUUCUACAAAUCCAACAAAUACUGGAAGUUCAACAACCAGAUGAUGCGUGUGGAACCUGGAUACCCCAAAUCUGUGCUGCGUGACUGGAUGGGCUGUCCCAAUGAAGACCCAAAAACGGAUGGGGGAAGAGGCGGCGACGGACAUGACAAAGACAAGGAACGUGAGAAGGACAAGGAGCGAGAGGACAAAGACCGGCACAGAGAAAGAGAGCGAGAGCGAGAGAGGGAAGAAGAGGAGACAGAAGUGAUCAUCAUUGAGGUGGAUGAAGACGGAGGACCAGGUAGUGGGGGUGGAGCUGCAGCUGUGGUGGUGCCUCUCUUCCUUCUAGUUUGUGUGAUUGCAACACUGGCGGCACUGGUCUUUUUCAGACGUUAUGGUACACCACGCCGACUCCUCUACUGCCAACGAUCUUUAUUGGACAAAGUGUAA